UUUCUGCUCCUUGACGAGAUCAGAAAACGUAUUUUAGUUAAUUUGUGGCAACCACUUUGUGUGUAAUUACGUGUAUGACCUUAUAGCUAAACUUAAAACCCCAAUGUCCAGCUUCAGUGCCGAAGAUUGCAAACAAACUUUGUUGCUAAAAAUGUUUGAGGCCAUUAGCUUGAUUCAUAAUAAAAUGUUGGAUUGAGCUACAAUGAUCUCACCAAAAUAUGUUAUGUUACGACCCUGCACCACGUGACACAGCCAAACAAAUGAAAUUGUCACGUGAACAUGCAUUUGACGCACCAGCUAUUAUUGUUUCAGCUCACGGGUAGGAUGAAAGUCAAUUCACACAACAAAUAUCUUGCAAUUGCCAUGCGUUUCGUUGGAAACUGCAUCAAAACAUCGGAACAAAAUCUCGGAAAUCAAAAUAAAUAUCCAGGAAUUUAAAACAAUCAGCCGAUUAGAUUUCCAGACCAAUAUUAUUAGGCAGCAUUCUUUGGAUACUGUUAAAAGUCAAUGUUACCCCUAUGUAAGGAGUGGUUCAGUCUAGACCCAGGCUCCCUGGAUCUCCAUGCCCCCAUCCCCACGCUUAGGCAUCUGAUGGUUUGCUCCGGGCCCUGGGUCGCGUGCAUCGCGAGGCAUGCGCUGCUGCUGCUGCUGAUGGUGUUGAUAGAAUUAGCAAUUAAUUAGCGCGAGCAUUAAUAUAAUUAGCCAAUUGAUAUUUUUGCCAUUUGUUAUGUAUUAGAAUAAGUGUAAUAAUUGUUGCUAAUAUUUCUUUUUUUGCUCUGGAUAACGCAAGCUGUUGGUUGAUAUGGGUCUUGGGUAGUUGGGUACGAAUUUUGCAGGAGCGGAGGGGAAGGCUGGCUCUUAAAAUAUCUCUAAGAUCUGUAAAUAUUUAAUGUUAUCUAAACAUCUCGUCUGUUCGUCCAUCUCACACAUUAACAGACAUCUAUCUCACUCAUGUCUCUACAUAUCCGUCUCACUACAAUAUCGACAACAGGGCAUGUGUCUUAUGUCCGUGUAUCACAAAUAUUAAAGAUAAAUACACAACAGUAGAUAUAUAAUUUGUUACUAGCCUAUCAACAUCACUAACGAAUAUCUAUAUAUAUACAUGUAAUAAGUAUUGUUUUUAAAACAUCCGAUUACUAAAAAUAUCUAAUAGCUAUAACGCAUUUAAAUAUACCGAGUGUUUUCAAUAAUUUCUAUCAAACAUAACAGUGAAUAUCUGAAUGUUUAAUGUCUCAAAUUCACCGGUAUCGUCUAAUCUCUACAAAAGUAAUUUAUUAAUUAUGGACUCGUUAAAAUGCUCUCCCAUUAAAAUGUGUUUUAUUUUAUCUCUCAAAGUCUAUAUUUAAAUAUCUCCAACGUUCGUCUUCUCAAGAGCUCCCAUCACUAUGUCUAAUAUUGACUCUAAUACUCCGUCUAAUAUUGACAUUUCCACACGUACCCCGACUAUAUGCCCUCUCUAAUGCCUGCCGCUCUCUCUCUCUCUCUCUCCCUGCUUCUCACCGCUCUCCCUAACAUGGACUCUGCGUUUCUAUAAUGCCAUCGCUCUCCCCCUCUCUGGAAUAAUCUCCAACUCUCUCUCCCCCCUCUCUCCCGGCAUCUCUUGCUCUCACCGCGUCUCUCACCCCUGCCCCAAAUUCACAGCACACAUCAUGUAACUAUCUCCCUCUCUCACCAGCUCUCUUAGCUCUCUCCAUCUCCCCCCAUCUCUACAACUAUCACUCGCCUUCUCUUCCGCCAUCUCCAACCUCUCUGACCAUCUCUCAUCCCAUCAUCUACUUCGAUUUUAUCCUCACUCCUUAACUCUCUUGGCCACCAUCUCUGUCAUCCUUCAUCAUUCCCCAAUUCCGCGGUUCUAAUCUCUCCCCAAUUGCUCUCCUUUCCUCUCCAUCUCUCCCAUUCAAUCUCUCAAAAGCAUCUCUCUUUUUUUCUUGCGAAAAUAUAUAAUCUGCAACAUCUCAUCUAUAACAUUCCUCUGCAUUAUCUGCCCACACACACACUCAUACCCACAUAGCAUAGUCGCGCACACACAAACUCACACUCGGCGCUGUUUGUGUAAAAUGGACGUGGCCUCACGGCAGAGCUGGCUCCGCCGUUCGCCUCAAUCAUCCAACGCCAUCGUGCAGGCACCCACUGGCCUCCUCACGGAGCUCCGCGCUGGGGACACCAGGGGUCUGACCGUCGGUGGCGACACGCGCACCCUGGCGGGCGAUGUUCUGGCGGAGUUCCGCGGCGGGGACGCGCGGGUUUCAGCCAGCAGCGGCAGCCUCUUGGCAGAGCUCCACGGUGGGGACGUGCGGGUCUCGGCCAGCAGCAGCGGUGGCAGUGGGCUCCUGGCGGAGCUCCGCGGUGGGGACGCACGAGGACUCGCGGGCGGACUCCUGGCAGAGCUGCGGAGUGUGGACGCGCGGGGCUUGGCUGGCGGGCUUCUUGCCGAGCUCCGCGGUGGGGACGCUCUGCAGGAGGCCCGCUGGCUCGCAUCUUUGCUGGGAGCCGGGCGAGCUCUCUGCUGGGGACAGCCUGGUGGACGAGCUCCCCGGUGGAGACACACAGCCCACGCAGAGGCGGUGUGCAGUGAGGGUGUGUUCGUGGUGCGUCUCGACGUGAAGAAUUUCUCCCCAGAGGAGAUCUCAGUGCGUGUGGUCGGGGGAUUCAUACACGUGCACGCUCAACACGACGAAAAGCAGGACGGGCAGGCGCUGGUGUCUCGGGAGCUGCACCGUCGCUACCGCCUCCCCGACUGCACCGACCCAGAGAGUGUCACCUCCUCCCUGACGCGUGACGGCCUCCUCACUGUGCGCGCCCCCGUCACCCCGCCUGGCCUGAACACCCAGCAGCAGCAGCAACAACAACAGCAGGGGCAGCAACAACAGCAAGGGCAGCAACAUCAGCAGCAGCAAGAUCAACAACAGCAACAUCAGCAACAGCAUUUCCAGAAUUCACAGCACGAUCUUCAACAUCAGCAGCAACAUCAGGGGCAUAAGCUACAGCAAGUGCAACAACAGCAUCAGCAAAAUCAGUAUGAGCAGCAUCAGCAACAGCAGCACCAGCAGCAGCAGCAACAACGACAGCAACAGGGGCAGCAUGGGCAGCAGCAACAUGACCAACAGCCGCAGCAGCAGCAACAGGGGGACUCGGACAAGCGCUGA